AUGGCCGAAUUGGCAGAGCCUGUCGUGUCUUUUAUCUUAGAAAGGCUCAGUAAUCUAUUGAUUGAGGAAGGCAAGUUUCUACGUGGAGUGAGCGAUCAAGCUGAGCAACUUCAGUCAGAGUUGAAGCUGAUGCAAGCCCUGUUAAAAGAUGCUGAUGCAAAGCAACAUGAUGAUGCUGUAAUUCGUGAGUGGAUUUCACAAAGCAAAGAUGUUGCAUAUGAAGCAGAAGACUUGAUCGAAACAUUUGCAUUCAAAGUUGGAUCCAGAAGGAGAGGUGGUGUUGUAAAUGUCCUUAAACGAUACACUUGCAUCUUCAAAGAGUGCUACAUGAGGCACAGAGUUGGAGUAGAUAUUCAGGGCCUCAACACUAGAGUCGCUAAACUCACUAAACGUUUUCGAGAUUAUGGGAUAAGAACAAUAAUGGAGAAGGAAGGUCCAAGUUCGAGGCAACUACAAUCGAUCAGGAGGACUUAUUCCCAUGUUGAGGAGGACGAUUUUGUUGGCUUGGAAAGCGAUGUCAAAAUGCUGGUUCAGAACCUGGUAAGUGAAGAUGGGACAAGCCACUAUAGAGUUGUUUCUCUUUGUGGGAUGGGGGGUCUGGGGAAGACAACUAUUGCCAGGAAAGUGUAUAACCACCCAAAUGUGAGGCGUCAUUUUGAUAGCUUUGCCUGGCUUUGCAUAUCGCAACAAUGGCAAACGAAAGAGAUUUUGCAAGGGAUCUUGGUUAAACUUAUUCCUGAAAAGAAAGAGGAGAUUAUGAGAUCCUGGAAUGAUGACGAACUGGUCAGGCAACUUUACCACAUCCAGCAGAAUAAAAGAUGCCUGAUUGUUCUUGAUGACGUUUGGUCCACUGAUGCUUGGGAACGCAUAAAAAAUGCCUUCCCAACUAGAGAGAAGGGAAGCAAAAUAUUGGUUACCACUCGUAAUAAAAAUGUGGCAACACACAUAGGUCCUAAUGGUUUUCACCAUGAGCCUCGAAUUUUGUCCUAUGAUGAAAGCUGGGAACUGCUUCAAAAGAAAGCAUUAAGAGAAAGAUAUAAUCAUGGUCAUGAAGAUAUCGUCAAAUUGGAAGAGUUAGGGAUGGAAAUGGUUAAACAUUGUGGCGGUCUUCCACUAGCUGUAGUUGUUCUUGGUGGAAUUCUUUCAACAAAGGACCAUUUUUCGGAGUGGGAAUUUGUAUACCAGCAUAUUAAGUUUUAUCUUGGUAGGGGUGAGAGGAUUGGACAAAGAGAAGGAGAAAUACAAAGAAUAUUAGCUUUGAGCUAUUAUGACUUGCCAUACCAAUUGAAGCCCUGUUUCCUUUACCUUGGCAUAUACCCUGAAGAUCAUGACAUCAGAACCGAUAGUCUGUAUCAGAUAUGGAUGGCUGAGGGAAUGGUAUCCAAAGAAGAUCAAAUAGAAGGAGAAUCAAUGAUGGACGUUGCAGAACGUUAUUUAGGGGAAUUUGUGAAACGGUGCAUGGUCCAAGUGAAGUUAAAGGACGAACCUGGGUACAGAAAAUUUGAGUCUUGUCGCCUUCAUGACCUUAUGAGAGAUCUAUGCUUGGCCAAGGGAAGAGAUGAAAUUUUUUUGAAGGUUAAUGAUUAUCGUCGCAAUGAUAAUCUAGAGUUAAUAGAAUCAACACCUUCUGGAAGUAAAUCUGAUAGGCUUGUGAUUUCUUUGAGCAGGGAUGAAAUCCCGAAGUAUGUUCCCCACAAGAAAAAAACAAUCAGGCAUGUCCGAUCACUUACAUUUUGCAUAAGGGACCCUCCAUACUAUGAUCGAUUGGCAAGGACAAGGUUUAGUAACUUCAGGAUGUUAAGAGUAUUGAAUAUUGAAGGCCUACGUCCUUCAGGUGGAAAUAACUGCAAGGAUAACACUUGUAUUCUUUUUGAUUUUUUCAAAUUAACAAUAGAGGGCCAUAUCCACUUGCGAUACCUAAGCCUGAGAAAUUCGGAUGCUAUUAUUCUUCAAUCAUCUAUAGGAAAAUUGGACCACCUGGAAACCCUUGAUCUCCAUGGUUUUCACGUAUUUUGGAUUGCCAAUGUUCUGUGGAAGUUGAGACGACUAAGACAUCUAUAUCUUCCCGAUCCUGAAGAAUGGGCGUUUCUAAAUCGCAAGUGUAAGUUACGUUUGGCGGGUUUGAUUAAACUGGAGAUAUUGGAGAACUUUAGUGCAUCUAAUUGUGAUGUUAGAGACUUGCAACAAUUAACUAGUCUUCAGGUGCUAAAAGCAAUUGUUAAUGACGAGAAUGAUGGUGAAGAAAUCAUGAAGUGUAUCUCAAGUUUACAGCACUUGAAGGAGAGGCGUCUUGCCUGA